AAUGAUACUACAUAAACAUAAUAAUACAUCAGCGGGGCCUGAAGGCCUAUCACUUACUCUACAUAUACUUGACUAUUAUGUUCGCCCUGUUUAUACAACUAUCGGAAUUUUUGCAAAUCUCAUCGCAGCAAUUCUCCUCAGGACCAACGAUAAAUCUCGGAGUUCUACAACAGUUUAUUGCCGUUGUCUUACAACUGUUCAUGUAAUAUUCCUAAUCACGCUUUUACUAGCUUGGAUAGACAGUCAGACACCUUUAUCUGUUUUCUCACAAGUUUCCGUCGCUUGUCAAGCCUUCUUCUUCUUUAGUAAUCUAACAAAUUUUGUUUCUGUCUGGACUCAAGUUGUUAUAGCGAUUGAUGCUCAUAUUCGGAUGUGCUAUACAGCGAGAGCGGCUCUGUGUAGUAGGAUGAGAGCAAGAUUCGUACUACUUGGUAUUGUUGCAGUUGCUAUCGCGGUUCACGUUAACCUGUCUUUAACAGUUUCCAAUCAUAUGAUGACAUGCAUACCGCUCGCCGAUUAUGGAGAUUCCGCUCUUCUACUUGUCCGGUUUGAUGCCAUUUUCAAUGUGGUUCUUCCUUAUUCUGUUGUUAUUAUUCUAAAUAGUAUGACUAUGGUCGUUACAGUAAAGCAUAGGCAUAGAGGUAUUGCAAGUUUCGUCCAUCAUCUACAUGUAAGGAUGAGCACUGUAGCCACACGCCGCUACUCUCCAAGGCACGAAGAAAUUGUUAUUAGAAGAGAUGUUAUACUCUCUUUGGCAAUUAAUGGUGUCUUCCUCCUAUUUACCUCUCCCACGCAGUUCCUACGAUUUUACACCGUCACUAGACCUACAAAUGUGGAGUUAACUAUGAUAGUGUACUUAGUUCAGCAGAUGGCGCUCCAUGCCUAUCAUUUAUCUUUUACCCUUCAUGCGUUUGUCUAUAUUAUCUAUUUACCAUAUAUGCGUCACGCUCUAAACCCUGUCAAUUUGAAGAGAAACUCCAGUUCUAAGCGUAAAAAGUCUUCAUGCAAUUAUAGAAGAACAAACAUCGAGGAGGAAGCGAUUUAG